GAUUUUGAACAGCAAACGUAAGAAGAUAUCAGAAAGCGAAUUGAGCAAAGCGGAAAGUCGAAAAAAUUGUUCGGUGCUGUGUAAAUUAGUCAAUUCGAGUGGUGUACAUUUUUCCUGGAGGCCUUCGCCCCGAUAAAAGUUAUAAAAGCGCGGAGCAAAUGAAGUGGGCUGAAAAUUCCGAUUGCACUCAAGGUAGCUAAUAAGUGUCCGCGAAUGAGAGCGCAAAGCAGAUGGUGGAGAGCGUCCCGCGCAUCAGUGUGUGUGUAGAAAGCGGCGCUAAAACCUUGUUGGCAUAUUAAAAACGCACGUAAUUCGAAAACAUAAACAAAACAAGUCCUCCCCAGGAUCGGCCAAUGUGAAAUUGAUAAAAAGGAUAACACGAAUCCGUAGACAACAAGCGCCAAAAAGUAGAAUCUGGGGACGAAAACAAAAACGCUUCGAAACGUAGUCGCCGCAACUAAAAGUGCCAGCGUGUGUGCGUGUAGUGUACGUGUACGCGUCAGUGUAUGUGUACGUGUAAAAGAACGAAAAGAGAACUGUGAAACAGAAAAAAACUGUGGCAGUGCAAAACGCGGCUGAUAAAGACUGUGAUAAUCACAAAACCGCGGUGCAGCGCCAACCAAUGGUUGAAUAAUAACAUUUAAGCCAACAAAACACCAAAAAGUUGGGGGGGCCCACCUUAUCCCGAGCGCAUACAGUGCCCUAACAGUGUUGCAUAUCGCAUUGCUGCAUAACCCCACGCAUUAUAAUCCAACACUUUCCCCCGCAAUUCUAUCAAACGACCGACCACUACUGUAUAUUAUUUUGGGCUUCUUUCCGUCCGCGAGCUUAACACAAUGCGACACGAUAAUCAGGCACUGAACCUUUUAAUUUGUUUCUAUUAAGUUACCUUUUAAUUCUAUCCCCAACUACGUAAAAAGUACGUAGAAUAUAAAACCUUAAAUCGGCAAGAGUUCUAAAGAAUAAAGCUCCGAUAUGAGUCGAUUGCAUAAAAAGGACCAGCAAAGUGACGUUGUCUCAAGCACCAGCUCCAAUAAGUCGCGUCGCAAGAACAACCAGCAGAAUGCCAUUGUGAUGGAGGCGCGGGAGGACGAGGAUCAAAUCCAGGUGCUCCAGCACCUGAAUGGCCAUGCCAACGGCAGCAGUAAUGGCGGUGGAAAGCGGCGGAGGGUCAGCAAAUCUCCAGCCACAGGUCCCAUCAGUAAUGGGACUAGCAAGAAGCCCAAGACCAAGCAUACACACGCCGGCAGCUCCGGCAAGUCCCUGACAUCCUACAACAACAACAAUAAUAACAACAUCACCAAUGGGCAAUACAGCAACAGCAGUAGCAAGAAAGCCACUGAGUCAGGGACCAGGGAGUACUCCUAUAGGGACACUGUCUCGCCGGAGACGCCACGUUCCCCGUCCCCGCAGCAGGCAGCCGAUGUGGUAUGCAUUUCGGAUGCAGAGAGCAACGAUGAGCAGGAGGAUCGCGACUAUUAUGACCAGGACACGGAGGAGGAUGAAGAACCUGAAGAGAUGAGGGAGCCCGCCGCCAGUCGUCCGACCAAUGCCAGCAAUAGCAAUGCAGCAGCUGCAGCGGCGGCGGCGGCAGCAGCCGAGGCGGCAGCAUCAGCACCUGCCACGCCCCCCUAUUCAGUGCCGACCAGUAACAGUACGCCACUGGAUCUGGACAAUGAGGCGCAUCAAAAGGAUCUGGAAGUGGUUACCGAUUUGCGAUCCUAUGUGAAAUUGUACAGUGACGAGGCCGUUAGUCUGAAUGACUUUAAAAUAGUUCGAGUUCUUGGCACAGGAGCCUAUGGAAGAGUGUUUCUGGUUCGCAAGCUGACCCGCCACGAUGCCGGAAAGCUGUAUGCCAUGAAGGUUCUUAACAAGAUCACGGUGGUCCAGAAGCGUAAAACCGCUGAGCAUACUAAAACAGAGCGAGUGGUAUUGGAAGCCGUCCAGCGCAGUCCCUUCCUUGUAAGCCUUCACUACGCCUUUCAGUCCUCAACCAAGCUAUACCUGGUCCUAGAUUUCGCCAAGGGCGGGGAAUUGUUUACACACCUGUAUCACUCCGAGAACUUCGAGGAAUCGCGGGUGAAGAUUUACAUUGCCGAGGUAGUGCUGGCCCUCGAGCAGCUGCACCAACUGGGCAUCAUCUACAGAGAUAUUAAGCUGGAGAAUAUUCUGCUGGAUGGUGACGGACACAUUGUGCUUUCUGACUUUGGACUCUCGAAGAUCCUUACUGCAGAGAACGAGUACAGGGCGCACAGCUUCUGCGGAACACUGGAGUACAUGGCGCCGGAAAUCAUCCGGACAGGACCGCCCGGUCAUGAUAGCGCCGUGGACUGGUGGUCGGUGGGAGUGCUCACCUUUGAACUGCUCACUGGAGCCUCCCCGUUCGCCACAUCGGACGGGCAGAGCCAGCAGUCGGAGAUUUCGCGAAGGAUCCAAAAGGAACAGCCGCUGAUCCCCUCUUCGUUCAGCGCGCACGCUCGCGACUUUGUUCUGAAGAUGCUGGAGAAGAACCCAAAGCGACGCCUGGGUGGCAACCAUCGCGAUGCCAGCGAGAUCAAGGAGCACCCCUUCUUCCAAGGAAUCAACUGGAAGGAGUUGCGGGCCAAGCGCCGAAAGGCACCCUACAAGCCGCCCCUGACCUCCGAGGAUGAUGUGCAGAACUUCAGCAGCGAGUUCACCGACAUGGUGCCCGAAGACGCCGAGUGCGAUGCCCCGCCCAGCCGGAUUCGCCUUUUCCGCGGCUACACCUACGUAGCGCCGGAGCAUCUCGAGCAGAUGCGCCGCGACAACCAUUGCCACAUCGAAUACUGCAAUCCAGGGCUGCAGCACAUCCCCUCAAGACCGGAUGAUCUCGAAUUGGGCACCCGCACCGUCAGCGGAUCCUAUGGCACGUGCCACUUUGUGAGCGACAUCUCUACCGAAAUGGUUUUCAUGGCCAAGGUUGUUCCCCUGUCCAAGUUUCGGGCCUCGGAGGUGGACGCGCUGAUAUCGUGCGCACUGGACAGAAACGGCCACCAGAACAUUGUCAGCUAUCAUGGGGCGUUCCGGGAUAAGUGCGAGACGUGGAUUAUCACUGAGUACCUGUGCGGUGAGGAGCUCACCGGGCCCACACAGCGUGGUCAUCUGGAUGAGGAGGCGUGCCGCGAUAUCUUUUUGCAGCUGGUUAUGGCUGUGCAACAUAUCCACUCGAAGUGCUUCAUCCACGGCGAUCUGAAGCCGGAGAACAUAAUGUUUGAGAGCCGGGAGGAUAGGAGCGUUAAGCUAGUGGACUUUGGCAAUGCCUGCUAUUGCAGCAGUUUCGAGACCUGGAAGGACAAACCCCGUUACACGCUGGACUACGCACCGCCCGAGCUUCUUACCGAUCCAAACAUUGUCACCUACUCUCCAGCUGUGGAUAUAUACGGGCUGGGCGCCACCUUGUACACCAUGCUGGUGGGGCAUCCUCCCUACAGACAGGGCACGAGCGACACAGACCACAGCGCCGCUGCCCACCACAAGUUGCGGAAACGUAUACAGCGGGAUUCGUUCAACCAGCGUUCCAAGGGCUGGCAGAAUGCCUCCGAUGAGUUCCGCCGCCUGGUGGCAUGGUGCCUGCAGCGCAAUCCCUCGGAUCGGCCCACCUUGGAUGAGAUACUGGAGUCCCCGUGGUUGCAAUAUGGCUGCAAUGAUCCGGAUGUGGAUAUAAUAGUGCCAGCCGAGGAGCAGGUCGUGGUGGACCUAAGCGAGGACACCAUGGAGCAGCCGGCGGUCGGUAAACCGGCCUCCGAGGGAGUACAGCAAGAACUGCCUGAAUCCUCGAUGGUGCAUGUGACGGAGGAUGAGGGCAUCAACCUGCCAAGCGAACCAGUGGUGGAGCUCCAGACCAAUGUGAAUGCAGUUAUGGCAUCAUCCGACGACGAGGACUUGGUGGUUCAUGAACGUUUCGACCCCGACUUCGAUGGAUUGAUGGACUUCCACGGUUUCGAUGAGAACGCACCGCCACUGCGAAGACCCACGGACUUCAUAGAUUUCAUACUACCGCCGGACGAACAUGAACAGAUGCCACCGCCACCACCUCCUCCUGCAGAAACAGACGUGGUUCCAGAGGAAACCUCCCCAACGAGACCCCGAACACGGCAGCAACGGCGGACCGAGAGCCAGCUGCUCACGAACACUGGGGGUGUGGUGGCAGAGGAGGACAGCAAGGCUGGCAUGCACCUGGUGAUGCAGCAGGUUCCGCCUCCGGCUGAAGAAGCUGUGCAGCCGCGAAUCCCCGCAAGAGUCACGCGCAUCGUGCCUCGCAGUGUGCCCACUACCUCGCGACCUUCCCUGCGCGAUGAGGAGGACCUUCAUGGAUUUGGUAAUCUGAAGUUAUCGUGGCGGAAGUCGCGGGCCAGCUGGCGGCACUUCUGUGCCCUCAUCUACGGAGUGCAGCAGGUCCUCAAGCACCGGUUUAAGAAGCAGCGAAGGGUCUACUGUGCUCCCAGCAUUAAGGUGGAGAAGAUCGACGAGGCCUACGAGAAACCGAUGAUCUUUCCGCGACCCAAGCCGCCCAAGCCGAAGCGCGCGAAGCCGCCACCCAAGGUGCCACGUCCGCCGACUCGUGUCCAGCCCGAGAGAGCGAGGGCGCUGCGCCAGCGGUAUGUGUUUGAAUGACAGGAAUACAAGGAUGUAGCACAACCGGAGACGGUGGAGGAGGUGGAAGUGGAGGUGGAGAUGCAGGUGGAGGUCAAGGAGGAGAUAAAAGAGGAGGAGCUGGACGAGGAGGAACUGCCAGCGGUGCUGCAGUGGACGACCGAAUUCAGCUGACAGACUAUGACCCGAUCGGGAAACAGAUACGGGUACGGCCAUGGCACCGAUACAAUAACGAGACCCCGGCCAGAACACAUAUAGAUUGUACACAGACACAAAGAACGCGAGGGCCAGAAUGGAAGGAUCAUCCGCAUACCGCACCAAAGAUCCUGUCAAUAAUUAUUAACGAGUUUGUUAUGCAUUACAACCAUUAGACUUAGUUGAAGCAACUGACUUAGCGUGUCACAUUUCAAACUAACUUUAAGCUUAAAGGAAACUUAAACUACAGAGUGGAGGAUAGAGAUCGCAACAUGCUUAUAUACGAUUUGUUGUGCUAGUUAAUUAUUUGAAUAGCCUAAAUGUAAAAAAUCCAAUUAACAAACAAAACUAAAAUCUAAAAAAAUGAGAAAAAAACACACAAACAUAGGAAAUCAAAUGAUAAGAAAGACCGAAACAAUCACCAAUAUAUCUCCCCACCAGGGGGGUGACCUAUUCACACUCAACAUAUAAUUAUUUUAGGUCGGUUCUGUCAGUUCUAACCCCCCCGCCCCCCACCUAGUGGGAAUUGUAAAUUCCUAUGGCAGUUGGGACUGCUCUUUAGAGUCCCUACCCAUAGCCCUAAAUGAUUUCAAUUUAUUUCAGUUUAUUUCAAUUUAAAAAUUAUUAUGAAAUCAGAAAUUAAGAUCAAGUCCUAGAAUCCGAUGAUAGUCCUAGAAUUGUUAAUUGCAAUCACAUUUUAAUUGUUUUGUUAAGUAUUUUCUUUGUUUAUUUCUUUUUUCCGCAAGUUAGACAUAUUUUAUUUAUGGUUAAGAUUAUGAAACCCCCAUGAAAGUAAAUAAAAAAUCUAAAACAAUUGAACACAUUA